AUGUCAAGGAUAAGCCCUUCUUCCUGCCUGUCUGUUAUUCGCCGCAUUAGAUGUAAUUCAUCCAAGACCACAUUUUCAAUUAGAAUGUUAAAAAAUGGAAGUGAAUGGCAUCCUGGUGGCCUUAACCAUGUAUCAUUGAGACUUCUGGCCAAUGCUCCAUUAAGAAAGUACUCACAGGAGUGUGACACGUUGCACCUAGGAACCAGUAAGUAAAAACAGUUAUCCUCAUUGCAGUCAUCAUUAAAUAUAUAUUUUUAUUUGCAGUCAAAAAUAUAAUAUUGGAUGAGGCUGUAUCAUAUGACUCACUAUCAUGAGGACAAAAUGUAAUACUGCAGUAUGUGACAAAAAUCAAAGUUCAUAGUGUAAAUAAUUUCUGUUCUUAAUUUGAAUUCUGCCUUCUUGGUAUUACCGUCAAAAUUAAUAAAAUAUGCCUUCUAACCUCUCAUUUUUAUGAAUCUUGCACCAAAUGCAGCUAUUAUUUGAUGUGGCUCCUUUCAUGCCCAUGGCAAUCAGUAAAAACUGGAACAAAGAGCAGGCAAACUUGUUUAGUCCUUCUGAUUCAUACUGCUGUUAUUACUAUAUUUCUUUCUGAAAAUUCUCCCCAGAUCCCAUAAUUUCAAAAAUCCUGGUUGUUUUGACAUAUAUGAACAAUUUUUACUCUAUUCAAGAAAAUAGUAAAUAUGUAAAAAUAAAUUAUAAAGUGGCAAAUUACAAAAUGUAUUAAUUGAAAGUUGAUACGCUUGAUUUAUGACCAAAAAUAUUUAGGAGUGUGUUCGAGCAACCUCGCCUGCUACACGAUGAAGUACUAGCCUGAGGAAUCUGAUUUACCUCUUGAUUUUUAUUCAUCUUUGACUUCUGCUAACAAUCUUAAUCUUUUAAAAUCUUCUUACUCUUCUCUACUCAAUCCUAACCAACUAGUUCAACUAUAUAGUAGCGGUUUUUAUAGCCAAAGCUCGGCGCGUGUUGAGGUUAACUGACCAUGGGAAUAAAAUCAAGAUGAACUCGGUGUGGGUGAUGUUUUGAUAUUACUGAACCUACAUAGUUGCGAUUGGCAAGAAGCUACAAACCAAGGCAAUGAAAAACUAAAACGCUCAGGUUAAAAAACCCAAACAGGAACUUCAUCGAGACUAAUGUACCAAGGUACACGCGGACCACCUAUGAAAAACUAACAUCUGACAAUGGCAAGCGAAGAAUAUUCCUAUUAACAUAACAUUCAGUAAACUCGUGAGCUAAGCAAAAAUUCAAGUCAUUUGAAGAUUAAAAACAAAGAUGACAACAGGAAAACACCUAUGUGACAAAAUCAGGACUAAACUUAACUCACUUAAUAGAAAACAAAAAAAAACAAAAGAAAAAAAAACGAAACUUAGAAAAUAAAACUCAAAUCUUAAAAAUAACUUUCGAAAUACUUCACAACAGUUUUACCCUUUACUAUUAGUCAUUAGGUCAUUUGAAUAUUUAACGGUGAUUUGCAGUUUAUCUUACGUCUUGAUUAGAAGUUAAGUUUUCCUGUUGAAAAUGUUAGUAUUACAUUUACCCCGGUCCCUGACGUUUUUCUUGAAAUGUUUCUCACUCUUGCAGUAAAAUAUUUCGGCCAACACGGCAAAUCCAAUUUAUUAUUCUUUUCUUCUUUUAGCGUCAAUAGGAUCUGCUAGUACCAAAUGUGACGAUUUUAACAUGGCACCCAAUCCCUCAUGUCCAAUUCCAGUUGUGGACUUUAGCGCGAUGAGUCUAGAUGUCAAGGAUCCCGAUCGAAGCAUCCAAGCUGUUAAAGACCUUGCUAAUCAAGUGUACCAAGCUUUCAGCACAACUGGAGUCGUUUAUAUUACAAACCAUGGAAUCCCACAAGAAACGGCAAGUCUAUCCUUUUCUAAUAAGCCCGUCUAAUUUCUUCCUAAUUCGAUUAUUUGUCUGUUGGAUAAUUUUUUUUAGAGGAAACAAUGUCUCUAGUAUUUGUUAAAUCACUUUGUGGUUCACUUUGUUAAUAAUCCUAUUUUGAUCUUGCAGAUUGACACUACUUUUGAAACUUAUGACAAGUUUUUUAACUUGAACAUUGAUGUAAAGAAGAAGUACGCAAAGAGAACCGGAACGACUCUGAAGAAUGGCUGGGAUAAGCUUGAAAGCGAAAGGUAUUCUUACUCGAAUUACAUACCUCUACCGAAGAAAAUUCUUUCAAGUUAAACCUUCUUGUUUUGAGUCCAAAAAGUACAGACCCAAGUGUCCGGCGUUCAGUUGUAUAUUUGCCUGGAAACGAGGCUACUUGGGCAAUAAUGAAGUUAAUGAAAUGGCGUUCACAGCUAUCCGAAGACGAAAUAGCUGAAAACAAGAAAUGCAAGAUUACGUUAAACACAUUACUUUCUGUUUUUAUCCUGAAAUCGUGCUGAGAAAUAGGCAAAAAAUCGUUACUGAUCGUAACCCACUUAUCAGGGGCACCCAAAGACUGUUUCGUCCUAAAUACAUUAAAGAAAACACUUUAGGCUAUCUAUAGAGUAUUUUUUAGAUCUUUAGAUUUGCAUUAUAAACCGCGUUAAAACAUUUGUACGUUCAUAAGGGGAACUUAAUGAGUCUUUUCGAAAUUGCAAGAGGUUCUGUUUUACAUUCCCGAAGAUUUUAGAUGCAAUUUAACGUAUUACGAAAGUGAGAAUUUUUUUUAUUCCUCUCUUUAUCACAUUUUUUAAUCCGAAAAGUUUACGUUUCAUUUUUUCUCAAAAAAUAGCGUAACCUGUGGAGUGAAAUGUGAGAAAGUAAACUGUAGAAAAUCGUAGCGACUUUAUCACUGACAGAUAAGCUUCGAAAAUUGUACAUGAAUAGAACGGUCACCUAGAAAUCUUUAUCCGUCCUCAAAUAGUAGAAAAUGCUAGGCAAUAUUUGUUUUUCCAAACAGAUAUUUUACAGAAAACAAUCCGGUGUUGGGUGCCCCUGACUACUUCUGAUAGCCGAUAAUAUCACAGUCGGCCUAACUGACAGAGGACCAAUAACAUCGCGACUUAAUUGACCAAUCAGGUGAAUAAUCAGAGUUUCAAAUACCAUCAACUGACGUGAUACAACUCACUUUAACUCUGAAGAUGACUACCGCAGAUGUUGUCGAAACAACAGUCACUGGCAGCAACACUUCCAUUNGGGGGGGGGCCCCCCCCCCCCCCCCCCCCGAGAUGACCUGCGGUUUUCUAAUACAACUGGUAUUCUGCAAAAAAACAAAAAAACAAAAAAAAACUGAACUAUGUGGUUUAUUGGUGUUGAAGUAGAGCAAGAGACGAGUGCACCCCCUCCUAAAAAAAAUUCUCGAUCCGCCCCUGAGUUGUUCGAAGGCCGAUUAAUUAGCGCUAACCCUGGGUAAAAUUUUAACACCGGUUUCUUUUUCUUUUGUUCAAAAGCAUUUUUCAGGAUAAUUUUGUCGAUAUCUUUUUAGAGUAUCAAAUCAUCAAAUUGUGGAUAAAAAGAAUAAAACUCAUUGAAUUUGCUUUUUAACGUUUCAUAUCUGAGUUGAAAUUUUGCACUAAGGCCCUGAGUUAUGCUAACCCUGCUUUGAACAACCCAGCCCAGGGUUCAAACCUUUCACAGAUUUAGACAUAACAAAAACUGUAGACAGGUGCUAUUUAGAGAGAGCUUUUUUCCAACAACUAAUAUGCAGACUUUACCGAACCUGUGUGUCAAAUUGCAGAGCCACCGGCAAUAUGAAAAGACCUGCGGACCUCAAGGAAUCGUUUGAUUUCUGCGGACUGGAAGAUGAAAAUUAUGUAAGUUUCAGUUAUUUUUUUGCGAUCAAGAUAAAAUUUCUUUGAGCAGUGCCUCGGAAACUCUGCGAGAAACCACUUAGAAACACGAUUUGAACUAACCCCCAUCCGCGACUAACAAAUGACAGUUAACGUGACUGAACACAGUUUUGGCAGUUUGUGAGUAUAUGCAGGAAUUAUGGGCUCCUGGUAUAUGUCAUUUGCCAAGACAAGAGAAAGGUUGCAGCUCAAAAGCUGAAACUUGGAAAGUAAAACUGAAUAUACUGAUGAAAGAUUUUGAUUGACAAGUAAAAUUUGACGUUUUCGUACUUCCCAUUGCAACAUGAACGAUUGAAUACAACCUUAAAAUAGUUUACAUAAAAUUGCCUCAUUAGAUGUUCCUAUAAACUUGCACACAGCUUACUAUAAUCAAUCAUUACCAUUUGAAACUUAUUUUAAACUUAUUUUAUUUUUACUUAUUUUAUCAAAUUUAAACAAACGGGUUUUUAGAUAAUGAACAAUAUAAUUGUUCUGUAAUUAUUAAAUGUGUCACAAAAUUCGUCUGUUCAACUUCCAUUUUAAAGUUCUCAUCAUUUAAAAUAUCAUAAAAGUAAAAAUUCUGCCAAAUAUCACAAAAUUUUAAUAAGUAGAUUUUGAGAAAUCGUCUUCUGUGUAACAUUGCUUUUUCGCCGUCAUGUUUGUUUGUCUAAUUUAAAACACGCGCCACGCAAGUUACCGCUGACCGCCCGCAAAACUGUGUUCAGCCAUCUUGAUUUCAGUUUCAACGGGGCUGUGUUCCAUUGAUAGAGGAUUUUCAGCACUCUUAAGAAAAAAUCUCCAUUGCUUAGUUACCUUAUUCUAUGCUCAAAAUCGCAUUCCUUUUUCUCUCAAACUGAACUGUCAUGUAGUGAAGUCGUUUUCCAAUGAAACCUAAAUCUGAUGGGGGAGGGUCUUUUGAAUGAGCACAAAGAUCCUGUUCGCAGACUCAAGUUUAUGGUUGCAGAGAUCAAAAAUUGCACCGUCAAAGUGACGUCAUUUAGUCAUGAGUUACUUAUGCAUUUGACUGACAAGAGUUAUAUUAUUAAUUCUCAAUUCUGCCUGGCUCUGAUUUACUACACAGAAGUUAAACUAACGCUAAUGUAUCAUUCGCAAUAAUCAGUAGUCACUUGUCAUUUUACAGACGUGGCCUAACGAGGAAGUCCCAAACUUUCAAGGCACUGUCCAAACCUUUUACGAGGACAUAACAAGCCUUGCUGCAAGGAUGUUGUCUGUCAUAGCCAUUAGCCUUGAUCUGGUACGAUCGAUUUUAUAGUUGUUAGUCUUAUGAUCUUAUCGGCGAAAGGAUUUGGGUAUUUAAAACGUAAUUCAGUCCAAAGUGUUAAGUAUAAGAAUGGAAAACAAUCUUAGAUACGACUGAAGUGUGUAAGCCAAGUGAAGUUUCGUUCUUCUCUGUAACAGACCCAGUGAAACCCUACCCACAUAGACUUUAAUGCUUGGCCCGAAAAAAAAAUAAGUAAACCUUUUUUUCUUCGAUAAAACCGGUUACGAUUCAUGCUUUUUUAUAUAUGACAUAAUAAGCAGGUCGAUGAUCGCAAGAGCACAAAAUUAUUUAACUGUAAGCCCGGGCUCUAGUCUCAAGACAGCUAUUGGUUUGCCUAAAUGCUAUGUUAUUUUUCUUCAUGUACACUUUUCAAAUGAUGCCAAAACAUUAUUCGGCCUCACCUUUUUGUUUUCUCAUCCAGGAUCCAGACACGUUUGCCUUUGCUUGGAAAAAGACGGGCACCUCCGAAGGUUGUACUCAGUUAAGAUACAACUAUUACCCAAUGAUAUCAGAUCUUAGUGAAAUCAAGCCGGGUCAGAUUCGCGCCGGGGAACACUCAGAUUAUGGUGGGAUUACACUGCUGUUGCAAGAUGAUGUUGGUGGACUGGAGGUUAGACAUCGAGAAACCUAGUUUUAAUGCUAUCCGUUUUACGUUUUUUACCAGAAGUACGUUGAUCGCGAGCGUGUAAGGCUGCGGCAGUACAAAUAAAGAGCAACAGGCCUCUAGGUAAAAAAAUAUAUAUAUGGUUUACAAAAAAAGACGGCCAAUUGGCCGGUAGUCGUCUGUCGUCUACUGGGCCACGUCAUCAUAUAUUUAUUCUACCGGUAGACGAAAUUUGAAGCUGAUGGAGCUGUAUUUACCUAGAAUUAAAAGAUGUAUUCGAGGAAAUUAUUAAAAGAUGAAAAAGAUGAAAUUAUUAAAAGAUGUAUUCGAGGAAAUUAUUAUUUGACGAUGAAAGCCGUAAUUUAACUCAUUUCCACGUUCGACAAAAUUAUAAACUCGCUCCGAAGUGCUCCUUGCCUCCCGAUGAAUGAUACUCUUAAGAACAUAAGGAUUUUUCAUAUUGCUUCAAAAUCGCCCUUGUUUUAUGCUAACAUAGUUCAACAGCAUGUAUGUAUGUUUGAUUCAGGUGAUCAAUAAUGUUAAUGGACAAUUUGCACCCGUCACGCCCAUGAGAGGAGCAGUGUUAGUUUUCAUUGCUGACUUGAUGCAGAGAUGGACAUCAGACCGAUACAAGUCUGUGGUGAGUUUAAAAAAUAACACCGACCUUGAUCCCUUGAUAAAAAACAUUACUACAAUCCAUGCUCGGUUAAUAAUGGUCGAGCUACUACUAGGCUAUAUGUUAUAGCCCACUAUUAGCGAAAAGCGCCGGCUUUGAAAACCAAAACAAUGGCGGCUGAAUCGCGUUUUGCUAGCUAAAGUUGUUUGUCUCGAUAUUUUUUACCAAUUAGUUGGAUUUUACUAAAACAAUUGUUCCUCUAGCCCUCAUAGCCUCUGAGUCAAUAUCAGACCUAUUGACUGUUGACUAUUGGGCUAUUGACUCAGAGCCCAUUCCGGCUCGAGCAAUAAUUGUUGAAGAGCCUUGUCACUCACGUGGCCUGCGGCUAUUCAAAUUUAUUAUAUACUAAAACAGUGGAUAGUGUUAUUCGUGCGCUAUGAUUGGCUACUCAAAGUCGGGAUAUCCAUUGCUAUUGACCGACGCACCUCCAGUUCCUCCGAGCGACCGGCGCCAAACUCGCGUAAUGGUUUCCCGGUUUGCUGUCGUAACAAACAAAGAAAUUUCAUAAAUAAUCAAACGCGCUGUUCCCGAAAUACACGAAGAAGAUGACGAAAUUCGGUUUGGAAGCUUAAACAGAUCAGAAGCUUUGUCUGUUUGACUUGAAUUUAUUGACAAAACCGGUGAAAAAGUUUUUUGUCUACAAAUGCAAAUAAAGUCUUGUGUUACUUUAUUUAGCUGGCAUAAAAUGUUCAUUAAUAAGCUUCAAACUAAAUUUAAUAGUUUCUUACAGAAUGGUUUCAAAUACAAAAAGAAAUCAUAACUCCUUUUCAAGACGGAAAUCUCCGAUAAACAGCUAAACAUAUGCCUUCAAAAGUUUUAUUUGUCGGCAAGAAAACGCGACGGCCGUUCGGUCAUUUGCGCGUCAAAAUUGUAAUCGUUGGCACCAGUAAAAGAGUUAAAAACCAUCAUUUUUUUUGCUCGAACAAAAUAUAUAUACUUAAACAAUUAUCGCGGCUCGGUAAAUAUCAUCACUAGCUACCUCCACGUCAGUGAAUAAAUGUUAUUUACUGAAACAAAAGAAAGUUUUUACAGAAAAAAAAAAUCUAUUUCCCACAGGAUUGGUUCAGCUGUUGGUUUAGGACACCAACAUGGCCAAAAUUUCAUUGUCUUGGGUGGGACACAAAAAUAGCCGACGUAAGGUCAUGCAAGUGAAAGCAAUCUAUCCACGUAAUAUUCGUGAACUUUGGUAUCUAAUUCAUCCAAACAAGCAGCUUUAACAGUCUGAUCGAAUAUCCUCUCAUACCAGUAGUGUUUUUUUCGGUUAUUUACGAACGGCUAUAUUUCAAAAAGGCUUUCGAUAAGAGGCGCCCAGAAACGCCUUGGAUUUUUAACAAAAUCGGAAAAGCAUUUCGACCGAGUUUUAAAAAUAUCUGAAGACACUUGUUGAAACUUAACUUCUCAACUUCGGCUUCUUUUAUUUUUCAAAUUGUUCAGUAGCUUGUACAUUUUAAUCCAUUUUUUUUUCCUUUCAAAAAACAGGUUCAUCGAGUGCUGAUCCCAGAGGAGGAAAUCAAACGCAGAGUUCCUCGCCGAUCGUUAGCUUUGUUUCACGACCCGGAUAAUGACACUAUGGUCACGUGUUUGGAUGGAUCUAACCAAUAUCCACCAAUCAAAGCGAAAGAUUGGGUUGAUGGUAAACGGUAUUCAGCAUACAAAUGAGUA